ACGGAGUGUUUCGAAGCAUUUUAGUAGUGUCAAGUGGACCGCAGCCACAAUUAACAAACCAAAUCUAUCUAAUAGCGAAAAACAAGUUUUAACGCUUGAACGCAAGCUUGAACGCGCCCGACGGCGAUUAACACUUACGUGACAAUGUACAAUACUUUCGCGGUCAAUCGUGCGACCGCGCGAUAAAUCCGUCGAGAGAUACCUCCUCUCCGCGAUCGUAAAUUCCAGUUUCGCGCCACACGCCAUAUAUGCAGUUGAUCCCUGGUUGGUUCGCCGUUGCCAUCCGUCGUACCUACCAAUUUUGUGAUGUCGACAAGAUGAACAAUAUAAUUAAUAUAUAUAGAAAAGCUGAUGCUGUAACGUUUGAUGUUGAUUCCACGGUCAUCACAGAAGAAGGCAUUGAUGAACUUGCAAAUUUUUGUGGGAAAGGAAAACAAAUUACUGAAUUAACAAAACAGGCCAUGCAAGGUGAUAUGACAUUUCAACAAUCCUUAUCUAUCAGACUCGGGAUUAUAAAUCCAAAGUUAACUCAAGUGAAAGAGUUCUUAGAUACGCAUCAACCAAAACUUACGAAUGGUAUAAAAGAAUUGGUGUCAACUUUACAAAUCCGUGAGAAGCAAGUGUUUCUUGUGUCUGGUGGUUUCCGCUGUCUCAUCACUCCAAUUGCUGUACAACUUAAUAUCCCACCUGAGAAUAUCUAUGCUAACAGAUUAAAAUUCUAUUUUACGGGAGAAUAUGCUGGAUUUGAUGAGAAUCAGCCGACAUCUAGGAGCGGUGGCAAAGGAGAAGUAAUAAGACAACUUAAAGAAGAAAAAGGAUUCAAGACUGUUGUACAUAUCGGCGAUGGCUCAACAGAUUUAGAAGCAUCGCCGCCAGCAGAUGCAUUCAUAGGGUUCGGUGGAAAUGUAAUUAGAGAAAACGUAAAAUCACAAGCACAAUGGUUUGUCACCAACUUUAACGAUCUUGUGAAAAAUUUAUAAAUAUUUAUAGAUAGAUAUAUUUUAAUAGCACAAUGAAUCGAUUGUUAUAUAUAUAUAUAUAUAUAUAUAUAUAUAUAAUAUAUAAAAGAAUGCAUUAAGAUUUGAUAAUUGCAUUAGAUUAUAGAUUUGUAAAAACUUGUUAAAUCAAUUUUCAUUAAUAAACGUGCAUACGUAAUUCAAUCUGAAUUAUAUUUGUAAAUAACACACUUUAUUCUGCAUAGUAUAUGAAAUACAGUUAUUGUACAAUUACUGUUUUUUUAUGCAGCAACUUCUAGAAUUUCUAGACGUAUAGAAUACCCCAUUUAUAUAGAUGGCAUUUUUAUCAAUUAAUAAUUGUUUCUAAUAUAACUAAUAUAACCGUAAUUCUGUCUUCCAUUUAUAACACUGUACAUAAUUACACAGCAAAGUUUGUAUACAAAAUUACUUGUUCAUCAUAUUACAUAAAUCGAAUGUCAGCAAUCAAUAAAAUCUCGACGUGACAAUAUAA